AUGGUAAACGAUACUUUAGUCUUCUUGAUCAGGAGCUCUCGGAAGGAGCAUGACACGAACUUAUUUAAAAUUCUACAACGCCUAGAAGAAAGAGGUUGGAAAUUAAGAUCAGAAAAGUGCAAGUUCGCCUUAGAAGAAAUAAAAUAUCUUGGGAUAAUCAUAAACGCUAAUAGUAUUGCGGCAGAUCCGGCAGCUAUUAAAGCCAUCGUAGAGAUGCCAAAGCCCACAUCCGUUACUCAAGAACAAGAAGCAGCUCUACAACAGAUAAAACAAAUCAUGCUCAGUCCACUGCUUUUAGAACACUAUGACCCGAGAAAGAUUGUUGCGGCAGACGCUUCAUCUACAGGAAUUGGCGGAGUAUUUUUACAAAGAGACAUCGAUGGUCGUGAGCAAACAAACGGCUUCAUAAAUUCUUGUGGGGACGAAAGUUUAUUCUCCUUAUGGAUCAAACCGUUAUUAGCUCUUCUUCGUACAGAUAACAUCAAAGGCUUAAAACCCACUACAGCAGCUAGACUCAAGCGCUGGGCAAUCAGACUGCUCAGGUAUGGCCCUCUAGAAAUACUUGUCAGUGAUCAUGGAACUCAAUUUACAGCGGACAACUUUGCAAACCUUUGUAAGGAAUUCCAAAUAACGCACUUACUUUCGCCUGUAAACCAUCCACAGUCAAAUGGACAAGCAGAACGCAUGGUAGACAGCGUAAAAAGGGCAAUAGCCAAAGAUCCUGGAGGACAAAUUGGAGGAAACAAGACUUUCUAUAUAGUUACCGAUAUACACCAUGUGAUUCGACUCAGACGGAAAAUCUCCUGCAGAAUUAUUCUUUGGACGCAGGAUAAUCACACCAUUCAGCAAGUUAUUUCCAAGAUCAAAAAAAAAUCAAAAGCGGCUCCAACUCAACCAGAUCUUGCAUUAGAUAAAACACAAAAGGGAGUUUCUUCAUCGGAAGAUCACAUACCACCUGAAGAUCGAUCGUCGGAUUCUGCUCCAGCGCAGGCUCCCCCAGCAGACGAUUUCAAGACGUACUCGUACUAG